AUGUUGGAACGCUUCACACUCAAUGGCCGCCGUACUAAGAAGAAGAAGGACCUUAAACCAAAUCUUCCGAAAAACGUGGUAACACAGAACGUCGGAAAAAAGGAGGUGAAUGAGUGGCAAAAAGUCCAGUCAAAGAAGUCGAUGAGAGAGCAAGCCAAAGAAAAGCUCCAGAAGCAACCGCCGAAUGAGCCCCGACCGGAGCCUAAGCUGAAAAAAUCGUGCAAAUGGAUCAGGCCGGACGCACUGAUCAUCUGCCCAGCUGAAACGGCGAAGUACGCUGAGAUUUUGCGCCGACUAAAGACGGACGUCCCUGAUGAACAGGUCCGGACUACUGUACAUAAGAUCCACAAAACCAGGACCGGGAAUAUGCUGAUUACGCUACAUACAGACACCAUCGCGGAAAUAGUCAAGGAAGCUCCCUAG